AUGAAGGGAUCCCUUGCGCUCGCUUCCACUUUCUUUAUCCACUCUCUUUUCCUACAACUAUCAGCUGCACUCGACGCGCCUCAUGGGGCCAGCCACUUCUCGCGUCGCAAACAUUUUGGACGCUCAAUAAAUCCCCAGGCGCAGUCGUCUGCAUUGUCGACCGUCGGAGCGACCGAUGUCUCCAGUAUUGCUGCUAGUAGUACCAGUGCUAUAUCGAUGUCUUCGACUGCCUCAGCAUCGUCCAUCAGCUCGGUAUCUGUCCGUUCGAGCGUACAAGCGUCGUCUACCUCUAUCACCGUGUCCGCUAGCGCUCUUUCAUCUAGCAGCAUCCAAGCCACCUCUACCCAAGCCUCUACAGCAGCGUCUCCGUCGACUUCAGUGCCAGCCCAAACUGCGGCAGAGAUCAAGACCAUCACCCAGAGACGUUUGAGUACGAUCGUUGGGGGCUUGAGCACAGACAGGGCUGCAAGCAUUUCUAGCUGGAUAUCUACCUUGGGCCCGGAUGGGAAAUGGCCAGCUUCGGAGGUUGACUAUACCACAGCCUGUGCUGCUCGGAGGGCGAACUGGCCCGCUCAAGAACACUGGCAGCGAAUCGUCGUUAUGGCGGGGGCAUUUCAUGGUGGCCUCGAUGGCACUUCUCAAUUCGUGAAGAACGACACCUUCCGAGCAGUCAUUUCUCGAGCGAUGGACUUCUGGUUCUCCAAUGACUUCACGAACGACGCGUGCAUCGACUCUGGUGGGAGUUCUAGCUGCCCAUGCGACACACCUGGGUUAUGGAACACCAAUUGGUUCUCAAACACGAUCCUUAUACCUGAACUCAGCUCGGCAACCUGCUUGUUGCUCAACAAUACAUUGACCUCUACUCAACUCAGCAAUUGUACCCACAUCACCCUACGCGCAUACGGAACUUUCACUCGAAACCCAACUUUCCUAGCUGGUGCCAAUACCUUGGACGUUGCCAAAGUCGGCAUAGAUCAAGCCCUCCUUACCAGCAAUGUCUCGCUCAUGACGGAUGCGUACAGUCGUGUUCAUCGAGAACUCGUUAUUCAAAACGCCAUCAAAGCUGACGGCAUUCGAGCCGACGGUAGCUUCGGUCAACAUGCCGGUAUUCUAUACAACGGAAACUAUGGCAAAGAUUACACGAAUGAUUUACUCAACAUCGAAGUUGAGGCAGCUGGCACUGAGUUCGCUGCAAACAACGCAUCGCAAAGCGCACUAUCUACUCUGUUCGACGGAGACUUGUGGAUGACGUACCGAAACGUGCUCUCUGGCAGAAAUUUCUGGGACUUCGCUGCUUUGGGACGGUUCAUCAGCUUCCCUGUCAUCGAUGGCCAGGCAUCUGCCGGCCUCGGCAUGAACUUAUCGAGGGUCCACGAACUUGGAGAAGAGUGGGGCGCUGAUGCUCUCAUCAACUUCGCCAAUACCUUGUCCCAGAACUCUUCCAACAGUGCCAACGGAGCCAAACUCAAUGGAAACCGAAUGUUCUACGCCAACGAUUAUAUGGUACACCGUGGACAGAAUUAUGUGACUUCGGUUAAGAUGUAUUCUAAGCGCACCGUCAACACAGAAUGUACCAACACGCAGAAUCCGCUCGGUUUCCAUCUUUCUGAUGGCGUCGUCCACACAUAUUUGCAAGGAAACGAAUACGAAGACAUAUCCGCUGCGUGGGACUGGAAUUUAAUACCGGGGAUCACUGUCGACUAUGGAGCCACUGCAUUAAGCUGUGACCGCACUGGCUUCACCGGUAUCGAGGCUUUCGUGGGCGGAGCAUCCACAGGACGUAUUGGCGUUGCCGCAAUGCGCUACUCCAACCCAUUUACAAAGGCCUUCCACUUCCAGAAGGCGUGGUUCUUCUUCGAAAAUGAUAUCCAACACGUCAUGGUCUCCAAUAUCUCAUCAACUACGACCGCGCCCGUAUUCUCCGUCCUCGACCAAAGGCUUCACGUGGGCGAGGUCUCCAUCGACAGUGUCUCGUUGCGAGAGACGGGCAAUAUAACCAGGGCAGGCGCUGAGACGCUAUGGCACGGAGGAGUGGGAUAUGUGUUCCCAAGGUCAAACGCCAACACCCCGUUACAUAUCCAAGUAGGCAACAAGAAGGGUAACUGGUCCGCCAUUGGAACAUCAACCCAGCCACCACCAACGGUCGACCUUUUCGCCGCAUCUCUCGAGCACAAAGACAUCCGCCAAGCAAUCUCCUACACUGUGCUUCCUGGAAUCGACAAAGACACGUUCCACAUCAAGAGCAAGACUAUCCAGUUACGUUCCGUGCAGAAUGAUGGCCACAUUUCGGCGGUGUAUGACCCGGUUAGCGACGUCGUUAUGUCGGUAUUCUGGGAUACCACUGGGGGAUCGACGAGCUUCACAUCGAACUCCAAAACAGCACCUAUAACCGUCAAAUCCAGCGGCAACGUCGCCUUAGUCUUCAAUCACCGCACUGGAGACGUAACUGUCUCAGACCCCUCCCAGAGCCUACAACAAGUAACCAUCCAAAUAAACACCGGCUCAUCUACUUCCAAUCUAGUCUUCACUUUGCCAUCCGGCGGAUUAGCUGGCAACAGCGUUACGAAGAAGAUAUGA